AUGCAAGCCGCCAACCUUCCACGGGACUGCAGGGCUUUGGUUAUCAGGGGAAUAUCACAUUACGCUGGUACUCAGCCGAAGAGCCAAUGGGACGCAUAUGCUGUUGGAGCGGCGGCAGCAUUCGCCCUAGAGUUUAUUCGAAGAUUGCCGGCGUCGGUGGAAAGCACUGGGGUGACACAUGAGAUUCGGAAGACUUACUUGUUUGGCAGCAUUGGGAUCCCAAGAAAUGUCUAUGAUGCAAGAGAGUUCUACGAAGCAGGAAAUCUCUAUCUCGACAGGACGAAGCACACAUGGGAACAGAUGACUGUGAGUGGUAUAGCGAUCUAUGAGCAGAUAUACGCAAACUGCGCUGACGCAGAGGGACAUGUGGACCUGAGCCAACUGAAGCAUUAUGUUCCCUUGGGGGAUGCACAGGCUAUAUUGAUUGAGAGCUGGGACGAAGUUGCCAAACAUGCGCAACCAUCACGUCUAGACCACAGUAUGACACUUGCCGUGAUUUACAUGGUCCAUCUUCGUGUUUGGGCCAAAGUGGGCAAGACCUCAUUUGGAAUCCCCCGGGAAGAUCGCGAGCGGCGAGCUAGACUAAGAAACUUCGCCAAAUGGGUGGGAUGCAACUGUGGCGACGACUAUUGCCCGUGUCUAUGGAGCUUCGUGAACCGCGCUGGUCUGUGCCGGAACCCCUCUCCGACAUGUCGAGCUCAUCGAUGGAUGUGUCCAGAUAUGAGUCAGAAGGACGGCUAUGACAAGAACAAAUUCCAACUGCUCAAGCGAAAAUGGGGCGGAAAACACGCAGAUGCCGUUGGUCAAAUAGCAUGA